GAUACAGAGCAGACGACAGACAGGAUUUCCGAUUUCCCGCCAUCUUUAAAACUUCAGUCUUUGGACUCUGGAUUUACAGACGAGGACACGGAGAAAUUUGAAGCUUUUUCGUUGUACUUUGAAUCUUUUUGCUCAGUAUUCCCUUCUGGAUCGCUCAACAUGAGUCUGAACGUUUUAUUUGAGCAGAUUCUGCACUCGGAACAGCGAGCUCAAGAACAAAGGAGCCUUUUGAACGACGUCAAAAGCGAGAUUGCGAAGUGCCAAGAGAAAGUCCUUGAGGCCAGAGAUGAGCAGAACACCUUACAGGGCAAACUUGUGGUCAAGUUACAGCAGCUUGCAGAAGAAGAGCUGCAGCUCAAGUGGUUGGAAACCCGAGAAGCAAUCCUGAAGGAGCAGAGACAGAAACUUCUGAAGGAGAAUGAGGAACGCGAAAAGCAAUUGCAAGAAGUGAGGACAGAAGAAGUGAAGGAGAGAGAAAGGUUCUUGUCUGAGUUGAAGGAAUUUGGUCUGGCCUAUGACUUAAGUGGGGAUGGACAUGCCUACAGGGAAAAGUCUGCCAAGGAAGAACAUCAGAAAUUGAAAAUGGAGGAACAGCAACUAGAAAAUGAGCUGUCUUCUUACACUGAGCACAAGAGAAAGAUUGAAGAAGUGGAGAGAGAAAAGAAAAAAGCUGAAGAAGAGGUUGCAUCACUCAGGCAAAAGCAGAGUCGCCUCGCUCAAGUACUGAAGGAACACCACAACAGAACAGCUGAUCUAGAACUGAACAAGGAAGAACUAUCCCAGGUACCAGACAUGGACCCAGAGUUCUUAAGACUGAAGGAGGAACUUCAGGUGUGUAAAGAUGACAGCAUGGAAGCAGUGUGCAGCGCCCUCCGACAGGAGCUAAGAAAACUGCAGCAACUGAAGCUCAAGAAGGAGCAGGAGAGAAGAGAGCAUGAAAAGGCAAUGCUAGCAGAAGCAACUAUAAUAGACAACACUGGAGACGACAUGCCAGCUCCCUCAACUUGGGACAAUGCUGGAAGCCCAGACAGUGACUGGGCUAUGGAAGCUGACAUGCAGACAUCUAAAUCCUCCAACAAGAGAUUGUAA